CUGCUCCUUUUAAACAUCCUAAAAAGAGGUGUUGUGUUAAAUAAUGCGCGCCAAGCUUUUGGCUACAAUAUCAAAAGUAACUUACCUCGACAGAAAUCCACAUAUCUCUGAAACGAGCAUUCAGCGCUUCUCCAGAUGCAUUUCGCAAGCAGCUGCUCGUAUGUUCAGCUGUGAAAUUGGGUUACAUUUUAAAGUCAAUCCGACUGCGCGCGCCUCAAGACCCCGCGAUGAGGACGCGCGCGCAUCAGUCGAGGAGGGAGCGAUAAAGAGUGAGACUUCUUCAGUCUGUCGAAGAGGUGCACGCCACUCUGUUUGAGGACCGACAGGGACACUCGGGUUUCUCGCGCCUUCGCACACUCUUGGCUUUAACAUGACUGUUCUGCGCCUGUAUUUAUUCGCGACUUUUUGGAGAGCUGUGCAUGCUAUCCAUCCGGACUGUGCUAUAAUCUCCCAGCUUAUACAAGACCAGGAGAUCUGCAUCCAGACUAGGAAGAGAGAGAUCAAGAAUCAGUCUCAACAAACAGGAUGUAAGACGGAUUGGGAUGGGAUCCGCUGCUGGCACACGGCCAACAGUGGACAACUUAUUAAUGUCUCCUGUUCAGACGUCUUCCAGCACAUCUCCAACACUCAAGGUUUUAUCUACAGGAACUGCACGUUUAACGGCUGGAGUGACCCAUAUCCGCCAUACGAGGAAGCCUGUGCAUUUGAAGAUGAUUCAGAAUCUGGGACUAUGACAACAAACUUGUCAACCUUGAAACAGCUGUACACUGCUGGAUAUGCGACAUCACUUAUAUCGCUUAUUACCGCCAUCAUCAUAUUCACAUGCUUCAGGAAGUUCCACUGCACCAGAAACUACAUACACAUCAAUCUUUUUGUUUCCUUCAUCUUGCGGGCAAGCGCAGUCUUCAUCAAAGAUGCCGUUCUGUUCUCGGAUGAAACUCAGGAUCACUGUUUAAUGUCCACGGUGGAGUGUAAAACGGCUGUGACGUUCUUCCAGUUCUGCAUCCUCACUAAUUACUUCUGGCUGCUGGUGGAAGGCUUGUACCUUCAGACGCUCCUCGCCCUCACCUUCGUCUCGCAGAGGAAGUACUUCUGGUGGUACAUUCUAACAGGAUGGGGUGUCCCAUCAGUCGUGCUUAUUGUUUGGGUGCUGACAAGACAGUUCUAUGAUAACCGAGGAUGUUGGGAUGACACAGAUAACAUGAACAUCUGGUGGAUCAUUAAAGGACCGAUCACAGCAUCCCUGUUUGCUAAUAUCAUCAUCUUCCUAAAUGUGAUUCGGAUCCUGGUUCAGAAAUUAAAAAGUCCUGGAGUUGGAGGCAAUGACCCGGGUCACUUCAUGAGACUGGCCAAAUCCACACUGUUUCUAAUUCCUCUGUUUGGGAUGCACUACACCCUGUUUGCCUUCCUGCCAGAAAAUACAGGGGAAAUAGUCCGGUUUUACAUCGAACUUGGUCUGGGCUCUUUCCAGGGCUUUGUGGUGGCACUGCUUUACUGUUUUCUCAAUGGAGAUGUACAGGCUGAGCUGAAGCGUAGGUUAUGGACAUGGCAGACCCAGGCUCAUCUGAGCCCCAGCAAAAAGCAUCGAGUCACUGUUACUCAGAUCAUGAUGCACGACUUCACUCAUUCACAGACUGCUGUCUGCAACGGCUACAUCACGUCUGUGUGAGCACAGCUGGACGGAGCAGGCGGAGAGAUUUACAAAAGGCUUCUGGAGCGUGGAAGACGUUCAGAAAAGAGGCGUUGGGUCAUUGCACGGCCCUGUCAAGGUCAUAUCUAAGAGUUACAAAUUUGGCAGAUGUUAUUUGAGUUGAGUUAACAUGUGCAGGUUGCAGAUUGCGACACACCAGCCAGUGUAAGUGUGUCUAGGUUUGAUUAAAGUGCAGAUUUGAUUGGGGUCCGGUAGCAAACGCUUCAUCAGCAUACUGGCUGUAAAUUAGAUUUGCCGUAUGCAAAAGAUAUGAAGUAUUAAAACUUUUUUUAACAUCCUCGUUCCAUCCGAGUGCUGAGCUAUUUGCUGUAAACUUGCUGUAACAUGAUUAAUGUUCGUCAGUUUAGAGGCAUUUAAUUUUAAAGUGAUUAAUUUGUUAUUGCUGCGAUGCUGAGGAUGCAUCAUAAAUAUACAGGAUACUGCUUUCAAUUUUCUUAUGCCAUUGCUUUUAUAGCUGCUUUUAACUUAACAUUUUCGAACAUUGAAACUAGCAUAUAGAUAUAUUCAGGUGGUACAACGGGAUAUGACCGCAUUCAUCAGUUUGAGUUUCAUUGUAGUAUGGAUUUUUUCAUGUUUCAGGGCUUUUAUUCUCACCAAAGCUGCAUUUAUUAAAUAUAAAAUGCAGUAGAAAUCAUAAAUAUUACUACAAGUAAAAGUACAUUUUAUGUGAAUAUAUUUUAAAAUGUUAUUUAAUUUAUUCCUGCGAUGCAAUGCUGAAUUUUCAGCAUAUUUCGAUCAGAUGAUUUUUCAGAAAUCAUUCUAAUAUGCUGAUUCGCUGCCCAAAGAAUUACCAGUGUUGAAAAUGUCGAUGAAUAUAAAAUAAAAAAAAACAGCAUUUGUUUAAAAUGUAAAA